GGUCCCCGCCCUCGGCCCAACCAGGCCCUCAGCGGACCCCUGCCCGACCUGGGGCCGAAUCCGACACUGCCCCGAUUGCCUUAGCCCCCUGGCCCCAGGCCCCAGGCCUCAGGCCCCUCGAUUCCAGGCCUUGCCGCCUGCCCAAGUCCCAGGCGCUGGACUCUGCCCCCCCCACGCGAGCGCCGAGCCCCCCAGAGUGAAGGCGGGGUCUCUGGGACACUCAACGUGCGCUCUCGCCCUCGCCGUCGGCCCCCUCAGUGUUUUGUUUUGUUUUCUAUUUGGGGGGUAGGAAGGGGGCGACGCAAGCAGGAAGCCACUGGGGACCCCCGUCCUCCGAGGAUGCUUCGCGGGAACCCUGCGGAGGGGGCGCCCAGACACCCAGGUCUGGAGAAGGGUGGGCGGGCACCAGGCUGGGGUUCCCGGCCCACCCGAAGGUGCAGCCGGCUCCAGGGCUCCUCCCGUCUCCACCUCCACCUGCCACCCUGGGGCGCUGAGCCGCCCGGGGCUCCGGAGGGUACCCCGCGCGGUCCCCUGGGCGUAGGAGUUUCCGGGCUGGACGCACGCUGACACGGUGGUCGCUUUACAGAAACUCAGCCCAGUGGGGUAGCGCUCCGGCCGCGAGCAGCGAGGGAGGGUCCACGCUGAAGCUCGGACACAUCUACUCAUCAGAGAGCCUGUGUCUCCAGCGCGCGGAAACCGCCCCGGGGCCGCGCGCCCCGGCCGCCCGCCGCGCGCGCGCUCGCGCGCGCGGGGUCUCCGCCGGCCGGAUGUUGACGGCGUCGCCUAGUAACGGGAGAUGGCGGAGCCGGGCGGCGGGGCCGGCGGGUCUCACCGGGAGGGAGACUCGACCCCCGAAGCGGAGGACCAGGACACCGGAGGCCACAGGGUGCCAACGGCAGAAGAGGGUGGUGACCAGGAAAAUGAAGACCCUGUGGAUGCUACAGAACCUCCUGAGAGGGAGGUCGCACCUGGUGGGGAAGUGGCACCUGAUGGAGAAGUCGCACCUGGUGGGGAAGUAGCACCUGAUGGGGAAGUCGCACCUGAUGGGGAAGUCGCACCUGGUGGGGAAGUAGCACCUGAAGGGGAAGUCACACCUGAUGGAGAAGUCGCACCUGGUGGGGAAGUAGCACCUGAUGGAGAAGUCACACCUGGUGGGGAAGUAGCACCUGAAGGAGAAGUUGCACCCGAAGGGGAAGUCACACCUGAAGGGGAAGUGGCACCUGAUGGAGAAGUGGCACCUGGUGGGGAAGUCGCACCCGAAGGGGAAGUGGCACCUGAUGGAGAAGUGGCACCUGGUGGGGAAGUCGCACCCGAAGGGGAAGUGGCACCUGAUGGAGAAGCAGCACCUGAUGGAGAAGCGGCACCUGGUGGGGAAGUCGCACCUGAAGGAGAAGCAGCACCCGAUGGGGAAGUCACACCUGCCGAGGAGGUGGAGACCUCGGAGGAGGCGGAGACGGGAGAGGAGCUGGAGUCUGAAGAGGAUACCGCGCCCCCCGAGGGCAGAGCCAGCUCUUCGGACGCCAGCCCCGCGGAUGUGGCCAGAGAGCAAGGCCGCUACGCAUCCCCGUCUGAACGGGCGCGGAGGGCGGCCCGUCUCCAGGACGGAGAGCCGCUCCCUCGGGCAGGACCCCGAGACGGCGGCGGCGCUCCCUGGCGCAGGGCCAGCCCCCCGAGUCGGCAUCGUCUGAGGGAGCGCAGCCACUUGCUGCGGGUGGAGACACCCCGACCUCGGCCGGCUGCGCAAACGCGGGCCAAGUCUUCAGCUUCCGUGGGGCCGCCUCACCUACGGGUGCCCCCCUCCCAGGGCGGCUGUGCAGGGUCCUGGCUGGCGCUCACGUUCACCAGGUGA